CGUUAUUGUAUUUUGAAUAUUUUGAUUAGGCUAAAAACCUCGAUAUUUUGUUUUUCUUACAGAAUAAUGAGAUUGAUAAUAUUUUCAAUACUCAUUUCCUUAGCGUAUGCUAAGAUACGAGAAAUUAAUGUCAUCAAAAUGGAAAAUAAUAUUCCCGAUACAAAUUUUAUUGAAGGAAAAGGAUAUCGACCUAAUUGGAGGGAUUUGGAUAAAAGGCCGCUACCGGAGUGGUAUGAUAAAGCUAAAAUAGGCAUAUUCCUCCAUUGGGGUGUAUAUGCUGUUCCUAGUUUCGGAUCAGAAUGGUUUUGGAUGAACUGGAAAAGUAAGGUAUCGAAAUACGUAGACUUCAUGGAUAAGAAUUAUCCACCAAAUUUUACGUAUCAGGAGUUUGCUCCGAUGUUUACGGCAGAAUUUUUCGAACCUGCAGCUUGGGCACAACUAUUUUCGGAAUCUGGAGCGAAGUAUAUUGUUCUUACAAGUAAACAUCAUGAGGGUUUUACUUUAUUCCCAUCGAAACGUUCAUUCAGCUGGAAUUCAGUUGAUGUUGGGCCAAAACGAGACUUGGUGGGCGAGCUUUCAGUGGCUGUAAGGAAAAGAGGUCUUAAGUUUGGAGUAUACCAUUCCUUGUAUGAAUGGUAUAAUCCAAUAUAUCUUCAGGAUAAAAAUGCAUCAUUUGAAACACACACUUUUGUUGACACAAAAUUGUGGCCAGAUCUGAAACAAAUUGUCCAUGAUUACAAACCAUCAGUGAUUUGGUCUGAUGGUGACUGGGAAGCUCCUGAUAAUUACUGGAGGUCCACAGACCUACUAGCGUGGCUGUACAAUGAUAGCCCGGUUAAAGAUGAAAUUGUAGUAAAUGACAGAUGGGGUAAAGAUAUCCCCGGACACCAUGGAGACUUUUAUAAUCAUGCUGAUAGAUUCAAUCCUGGUAAACUGCUGAACCAUAAGUGGGAAAAUGCAUUUACGGUAGACAAAGUUUCUUGGGGAUAUAGAAGAAAUAUGAAAAUUGGUGAAAUAAUGUCAGAUUCUCAGCUUCUGUUCCAAGUGGUAUCAACAGUCAGUUGUGGAGGCAAUGCUCUUAUCAACGUGGGUCCUACUAAGGAGGGUACUAUAAUACCAGUGUUUCAAGAGCGCCUCCUAUUCCUUGGAAAAUGGCUGGCUAUCAACGGAGAGGCCAUAUAUGGCAGCUCCCCAUGGUUUUCUCAAAACGAUACUGUAAAUGGCAAAGUAUGGUACACUUGUACUAAAGAAACUUACAAUGCCACUCAUCCUACUUAUCCUCCAAGCGCUAAUGAUAAAAUUCUUGCUAUCUAUGCCAUCGCCCUGGAAUGGCCUAAGGACAAUUGGCUAAUACUAGGCGAUAUUACAAGUUAUUUGCACAGAGGGACUUAUCAAGUUGAGUUGUUGGGCAACAAAGGACUGUACUUGACUUGGAAGAUAAGUAAUGGGAAGGUCGGUAUACAACUGCCCGAUAAGGCGACCGUGCGCUCGAGAAAUGCUUGGACCUUAAAGUUUACAUUAAAGUAAAUGUAAUGUGUAGAUAUUUGUAUCACCUACAUUCCUAAAAUAAUUAGCAGAAUCAGCUACACAAAGAACUUCAUAGAAAUGUACUGAUUCUACGUACAAACGUUUUUGUUUAAAUAAUCUUUUCGUUUAAUUAAGUAAGUAGUUUAGUUUUUUGUUGACUUGUUUUUUCUGCGACUGUCGUAUGAAGUACAAUAUUGUAAAUUGAUUUUGUACAGUGCGGCCGACGUAUUUUGGCGAGUCUGAAGUUAGACGAUUAGCUGCGCAGUACACAAUUUUGUUCCUAAAAGAUCCAUUGCGCAGACAAACGGCUAACUUCAGACUCGCCAAGAUACGUCGGCCGCACUGUAUGUUAUCUAGAGUACCUACCAACUGUUAUUUUGUAGUUAUUACUUAGUAAUAAAAAUAAAAAAAAAUGAAACUGUUAUUCUUGUUAUUUGAAAUCGGUGCGAGAAGUCUUACUAUGCUAGUAAUAUUAAGAAUUAGAAUGCAUAUUCUCACAAAUAUUCACAUUUAUAAAUCUUCUGUGUUGGAGUAGAUGUGACCAAGAUAAUAAAUACAGUAAGUAUAAUAAAUUUGUCAGUCAGUAGAUAGAUAUUUUUGAAUUUAAAAAAAAGAUGAAAUGUGCACUGUACGAUAGGAUUGAACUAGAG